GGGAUAUAAUAAUAUUUUUCCCGCUUUUUUUUUUAAUCUAUACCUUUUUUUAGUUUUCAAAAAUGUUCAGAUUAGUCACCUCCAAGGCUCCUUUGGCCAACAUUGCUAUUCGCAACAGUGCUGUCAAGACUGUUCGUGCCCCUAUGGCCUCUCAAUUCUAUCGUCUCUACAGUACCCCUGCUGAUACCGAAUACGAUGUCGUUGUCAUUGGUGGUGGUCCCGGUGGUUACCCCGCUGCCAUUAAGGCUGCCCAACAAGGUCUCAAGGUCGCAUGUAUCGAAAAGCGUGGUGCUCUUGGUGGAACCUGUCUUAACGUUGGUUGCAUUCCUUCCAAGGCCAUGUUGAACAACUCUCACAUUUACCAUCAAACCAAGCAUGGAUUAAAGAGCCGUGGUAUUGAAGUGUCCGAUGUCAAGUUGAACUUGCCUCAAAUGCACAAAGCUCGUGUCAAGGCCAUUACUGGUUUGACCAAGGGUGUUGAAUUCCUCUUCAAGAAGUAUGGUGUCGACUACCUUAAGGGUACCGGUACUUUCAAGACCGCCACCGAGAUUGCCGUUGCUGGUUUAGACGGUACUGAGUCCUCCAUUAAGGGUAAGAACAUCAUUAUCGCCACUGGAUCUGAAGUUACACCCAUUCCCGGUAUUGAGAUUGAUGAGAAGCGUAUUGUUUCUUCCACUGGUGCCCUUGAGCUUGCUCAAGUCCCCAAGAAGAUGGUCGUUAUUGGUGCUGGUGUCAUUGGUCUCGAAUUAGGUUCCGUCUGGGCUCGUCUUGGUGCUGAGGUCACUGUUGUUGAGUACCUUGAUGCCAUUGGAGCCGGUAUGGAUCCUGAACUCGCAAAGAACUUCCAUAAGCUCUUGCAAAAGCAAGGUCUCAAGUUCAAGAUGGCCACCAAGGUCAAUGGUGCCAAGGUUGAAGGUGAUAUCGUCAAGGUUGAAGUUGAGGCUUCUAAGGGUGGUAACGCCGAGACCCUCGAAGCUGAUGCUGUUUUGGUUUCUAUCGGUCGUCGUCCUUACACCACCGGUCUCGGUUUAGAGAACGUUGGUGUCGAAGUUGAUAACCGUGGUCGCGUUGUUAUUGAUUCCGAAUUCAAGACCAACAUUCCCAACAUUCGUUGUAUUGGUGAUGCCACCUUUGGUCCCAUGUUGGCUCACAAGGCUGAAGAUGAGGGUUUCGCUGUUUCUGAAAUCAUUAGCACUGGUCAUGGUCAUGUUAACUAUGAUGCUAUUCCUUCCGUUAUUUACACUCACCCUGAAGUUGCCUGGGUCGGUAAGAACGAGACUCAAUUGAACGAAGAAGGUAUCAAGUUCAAGACUGGUUCUUUCCCCUUCGUUGCCAACUCUCGUGCUCGUACCAACGAUGACUCUGAUGGUCUUGUCAAGGUUAUCGCUGACGCUGAGACUGAUCGUAUCUUGGGUGUUCACAUUAUUGGUCCUAACGCUGGUGAGAUGAUCGCUGAAGGUGUCCUUGCUGUUGAGUAUGGUGCCUCUGCUGAAGAUGUGGGUCGUACCUGUCAUGCCCAUCCUACUUUAUCUGAAGCCUUCCGUGAAGCUUGUUUAAUUACCUCUUUCGGUCAAGCCAUCAACUUCUAAAAAAAGUCACUCUAUCCAUUGUCACAUUUCUCUACCUCAACUUAUCUAUUCACAAAUUUAAAAUAAAAUCAAAAAGUAGCAAUUUACAGCU